AUGUCUGAUCCUGUUCCUACCGCAGAGUUGGAGAUUCCUGUUCACAAGCCUCAGCAAAAGCUAAAGCGGUCUCCUUGCGAAGCCCAUGAAGUAAACAACCUCUUUCAUGAAGAAAAGAGAUUACCUCGAGAUCCCUCACAAUGGAGGCCAUCAUUCCAUGUCACAGCACCCGCAGGGUGGUUGAAUGAUCCGUGUGGUCUGGGAUACGACCCAAAUACAGAGUUAUAUCAUUUAUGCUUCCAAUGGAACCCACACGCGAAUGACUGGGGCAAUAUCUCCUGGGGCCAUGCUACAUCCCCAGAUCUAGUGUCAUGGACGAUAUCCACCACUCCCAUCUUGACGCCCUCUGCUGAGUACGAUUGUCGGGGCGUGUUUACAGGAUGCCUACAGGCAACCGAUGUCUCCGGACACCAGGGCGCUCUCACGAUCCUAUACACCUCGGUGAGCCAUCUCCCCAUCCACCACACUCUACCAUAUACGUUCGGAAGCGAAUCUCUCAGUCUAGCUGUCUCGCAAGACGGAGGUAAAACCUGGGAACGCCAGGACUGCAACCCGGUCCUCACUGGUCCCCCUUCCCAUCUGAACGUGACGGCCUGGAGAGAUCCUUUCAUCACAACUUGGGCCGAGGGGCCUCUUUCCAAACACACACCCUCUACACUAUAUGGCUUCAUAUCAGGAGGAAUCGCCAAGAAAACCCCAACAGUCUUUGUCUAUACUGUCCAAGCAACAAACCUCGGCAAGUGGGAUUUUAUUGGCCCCUUGGUCGACGUUGGCCUCAACCUACAACCAUCUCGCUGGUCUGGCGACCACGGCGUGAACUGGGAAGUAGCUAACCUAGUAACCCUGACUAAUGAUACCGGCUCAUCUCGGGACUUCAUUAUCAUGGGAGCGGAAGGCUGCGUGCCGUUGGAUAGCUCGAAUCUGCACCAAGCCGGGAUCCAAGAAGCACGCUGGAAACGAGAAUCCCGAGCCCAGCUCUGGAUGUCUGUCAAAUCCAACGGAGAAAGAAAACAUAGUCCCACAGACAGUCCAUUGACCUCAUAUGCAUUCUCUGGUAUAUUCGAUCACGGCUGCUACUAUGCAGCCAACUCGUUCUACGACCCUCAAACCUCACAACAUAUCGUCUGUGGCUGGAUCACAGAGGAGGACUUGUCCGAUUCCAUGCGUCAUCGUCAAGGAUUCAGCGGCUUGAUUUCACUUCCUCGUAUGGUGGGGCUGAUGACUUUGAAGAAUGUCAAGAAGGCACGGAGCUCGGAGUUGGGUUCGAUUACUUCAAUCGAUGCAAUCCCCGAUGCACCUGGCACUGGCACUUUCACGAUUCAUACCAUGAAGAUCAGUCCAGACAGCCGACUCACGCGGCUGAGACAAAGUGCCCGGGAGAGCCACCUCGCUGGCGUUGCCCUGUCUACUUCACUUUCACAAAGUGCAAUGAUGUUGGAGACGUCCAAAUGGGAAAUCGAUGCCGAAUUUUCCGUGAGUAGAUCGUGUGCACGGGUUGGUAUCAAGAUUCUACACACCUCUGAUGGUCAAAACUGUACGAUUCUUUCCUGGGAUCCACGAAGUGAGACCUUUGAAAUCCAUCGACCUCUACUUGACAACGCCGAAGUAAAUCACGGCUAUGAAUCCGCUCCGCACACGCUGUUCACUCUCUUGAAUGCGCGUGGCGAAGAGGUUGAGGAGACGCUUCGAGUACACGCUUUCUUUGACUUGAGUGUGUUAGAAGUGUUCAUCAAUGACAGAACGGUAAUCUCUACGCGAAUUUACCACCCAGCAAAUCAUUGCUUCGGGUCAUUGUUCUUCGCAGAGUCUUGUGCCGAGGCGCAUAAUGAGCAGCCGACUGCGGUUCUCGUACGAGCUUCCAUAUGGGAUGGUCUUGGUGUACGA